AUGGUCAUUAAAAGAUCAUUGUUGAAACUGCUCCCUGUCCUCCCUGACGCGGGGAGCCCAGAAGGACACGCUCCCCCUCUACUGGACGGGUGGGGGAAGUGCGCCUCCCGGAGAAGGCCCGGCCUGGCGAGAGGCCGCGCUCGGCUCCGGUGCGGCCGCGUUCCCUCGGCGGCAAACGCGCCGGCCCUCGGGGCGCCGUGUGGGAUAGAGGCGAAGGGCCCGCCCGGCCCCUCACCGCCACCUCGCUACCCCGGACCCGCCUGUGCUUCUCUCCUCCGCCCGGUCAGGGGAAAGCGCCCCCCGGCUCGGGUCCGGUGGCGGCUGCUCCGCACCCUGCCUCCCCGCUCUGCCGCCGCCCCGCCCAGGCCUCACCGGGGGCCGGCUGAGACCAGACCCCAGGGGCGGCCCGGCCCGACCGACCUCGCGCCGCUGCUCCCCGCGGCGCCGGCGGAGGCGCGUAUCAGAGAAGUGCUAAAGGGUGCAGUCAAAAACGCGGGGGCAUCAGUGUGUAUUUUGUCAGCCUGUAUCAGCAAGGACUUGGCUGUUCUCUGCCCGUUUUGUCCGUGUCACUGCUUUGGACUGACAGACCGGUUCAGCUGUAGUUCCCGAGGAAAAGAAAUUAGAAAUGAAACAGCUUGUUUUACAGAAGAGAUCUGGAAUGUGAAGUGUGAUGUUAGCUGUGUUCAAUUACAAUAUGCUUCAGAGGUGAAGAGCAAGACUGUUCAGUUCAUGAAUUUAAGAAAUGUAGGAACUCUGAAUGACACAAGCUCUUUAGAUGAGACCACUUACGAAAAACUGGCUGAAGAAACACUGGACUCCUUAGCAGAUUUCUUUGAGGACCUGACUGAUAAGCCUUUUACCCCAGAAGAUUAUGAUGUCUCUUUAGGGAGUGGAGUUCUAACAGUUAAAUUAGGUGGAGACAUGGGAACGUAUGUAAUCAAUAAGCAAACACCGAACCGGCAGAUUUGGCUGUCCUCACCCACUAGCGGGCCCAAGCGCUACGACUGGACUGGACGGAACUGGGUGUAUUCUCAUGACAGAGUAUCCCUUCAUGAACUACUAUCAAAAGAAUUUUCAACAGCGUUAAAAACUAAAUUGGAUUUGUCCUGCUUAAUAUAUUCUGGGAAAGAAGAUACUUGAUGAUAUGCUACCUCGUGGAAGUUUAAAGACUUUAACCACAAGCCAAGCCCUUCCUUGCUUUCUGAAGUACCUGAGCUUAAUUCUGUUGUUUUUCUAGACUUCAGUAUGUUGUGCAACAAAAAUGAAAAUAAUAUAUUUUUCUCUAGUGCUCAGUCUUUGGGUUUCUGUGUCACUGCUUGAAUCGGUGUCCGUGUAGCACAGGUACUUGCGUUCGCCCUUCCUGUUCCCACAUUUCUUCCUUCCUUGCUGCAGAAGUCAGUCGUGGAUUCUUGCUGUCUGUAGUCUUGUUUGGGUGUAACGAUUGACCCACCUGGUGGCUUCUGACCAGCGCACAAACGCUGAGCUCCUUUUGAUGAGACAUUCAUGCAAACCAAGAAAUGCCUGUGAAUCGCGUGGACGUAAGUUGUGGUACUGCGAGUGCAUUGCAUUAAAAUUUGUGGCUAUUGCAAGUGAAUAAUGCAUCACAGUCAAAUAGAACACGUUGUAAAUAAAAUGACUGUGGCAGG